CCCCCCGUUCUCUCUCGUCAGCUCACGGUCUGCUUCCUGCUCAGUCGCUGGAAAUAAGGGCCGGGUUCCGGGACCGUUCAGGCUUUAGCCUAACGGACUGGACACCGGGAGCAAUGGUGUUGGGUGAACGGGACUCCAGGCUGACCUCCUGCCAGAGCCUGGCUUGUGGGGCACUGGCAGGGUUGCUGAGCCGCUCCCUCACCUGCCCGCUGGAUGUGGUCAAGGUCCUGAGCCAAGUGGGGACUUUCCACAGCAAGAGGGGCUUCCUGAGGACCUUCCAGAUCCUCUCGGAGGCCGAGGGGCUGCGGGCCCUGUGGAAGGGAAAUGCUAUCGCGUGUGCACGGCUUUUCCCCUACAGCACCGUGCAAGUGUCCGCUUACAACAGGUUUGUCAGCUUCUUCAUGGAUGACUUUGGUCACAUCUCCCAUUGGAGUGCCAUUGUAGCAGGGAGCCUGGCUGGGAUCGUGGCUGCUGUCUUGACCUACCCAGCAGAGCUGAUCGAGACCCGUCUAAUUGUUCAGAACAGCACAGCUCCCACCUACAGAGGAAUCAUCCAUACUUUCCUCACCAUCUACACCAAGGAGGGAUUCCUAGCACUUUACCGUGGGGCUUCAUUGACAGUACUGGGUUCAGUGCCAUUUUCUGCCGGUUCCUUUUUGGUCUAUAUCAACCUGGAUAAACUCUGGAAUAAGCCCAGUGUGAAACUCACCCCUCUGCAGAAUUUUGGCAAUGGCUGUCUGGCAGCAGGUGUUGCCCAAACACUCUCCUUCCCUUUUGAAACUGUGAAGAGAAAGAUGCAGGCACAGAGUCCCCUGCUUCCCCACUACGGAGGGGUGGAUGUACAUUUUGCUGGUGUUGUGGACUGUUUCAAACAAAUUGUGAAGACAAAAGGUGUCCUGAGUUUAUGGAAUGGUCUAACAGCAAAUCUAGUAAAGAUUGUUCCGUAUUAUGGACUGAUGUUCAGCACAUUCGAGUUCUGCAAGCGGGUUUGUCUGUACAAGAAUGGCUAUAUCGUGUCUCCCCUGAGCUAUCGGCUGAGUCCAGGUGUAGACCAGAGCUUGGGGGCUGAGGAGCUGUGGGAGCUGAGGAGAUUGAUCAGGGAAAAGAGGUUUGAGACUAACCAGUCCACACUAGGCACUAAAUGGUGGGGCUGAGGAAACAGGCUCUCAAGGCCUGUGACAGGACAUUUGUUCAUCUUGAGCACUGACGUCACUUCCUUGCACCAAAGAACCUGUUUUCCUUUAAAACCUGUAUACUCCUCUUGCUCACAUCACACUCAGCAUUGUCAGUUGCCCAGUGCAAUAACCAAGAUGGCAUCUGUUUCUGAACUAUCGAAGGUCCAUAUUGAACAAUUGGGCCAGUCUGACAUUAAUGUGCUGACCUCAAACUUCAAUGACUAAUCCUGUGAUUACUUCAGGUUUUUUUUAAACAGUCAGUUAUCGUUUUUACUUGCCUCACUUUCUUGAGGUAAUGUUGCAUCUGUGGAUAUUGUCUGCGCCCACGAAUCAGUAGCUGGUCAUAAUAAACAGCGUGAGAGUUUUGAACGAGCCCGCAUCAGAACAGAAGUGAGAUGUCAAGUGAAACUAAAGUUCUGUCAAUCAACCAAAAAGACUUACAUUUUACAUUGUGCCUUUUAGCAUAGAAAAAUGCUGCUUUGUGGGGAAAAUGGAUUUCAAAACCAAAGAGAAUAGAAGGUGUGAUUUAGUACUUUCUGGACUUGCACAGUCCAGUUUAAUUACAGUACAAUUUCCCAUUUUCAGAGUGUUAUGGAAUGUUAAUUCCUGUUUCACUGUACUGAUGUUUACAAAUGAGCUUGAUGUUAAAAUGGGGAAAAAAAUCCUGACAAGCCAAGAUGUACAAGAAGAGAAACUGAAAUCAGUGUUUGUGAAUGAUCUCCUUCAGUGUCUCUGGUCAGCAAGUGUUCCACAUUGUCACCUUGCCUGAGCUAGAUCUGAAAUUCAAACAAUUUAUUCAGGGACUAAGAAACAGAAGGGUUACAUUUUUAAAUUGGUGCAGUCCCUUGACCAAGUGUUAGGUCACACCCCAAUAUUACUAAUUU